AUGUCGAACAACAUCGACAACACCAUCGACAACGAGAUUGUCGUUGGUCAAUCUCUUGAGUCGAGCCCACCGAUAGACUCCGACAUCUCGCCCGCAAGCACUGUGAGCAAGGAUAGAGACUCUUCACUGUUCAAAGUCGCUUCUCAAACUACCAGCACCGACUUCAACCCGGCUCACCCACCCAUCACCGAUGCUGCUCUCCAACAAGUGCGCUUGCGUCGUGCUCUGAGCGAGCGUACCAUUCAGAUGAUCGCUCUUGCAGGAACCAUCGGUACCGGUCUCUUCCUCGGUUCCGGUAAGGCUUUGGCCAAUGCAGGUCCUCUUUCCAUCUUGAUCUCCUACUCGAUUGUUGGUGUCAUUGUCUACCUCACCAUGGUGGCGAUGGGUGAGAUGUCGACUCUCAUCCCACAGGCUGGUGCCUUUGGGCUCUUUAGUACUCGCUUUGUCGAUCAAGCUUUUGGCUUCUCGGUCAAUCUCAACUACUGGAUCAACGACGCCGUCUCCACCGCCAACGACCUCAUUGCCUGCCAGAUCUUGCUCAAGUUCUGGGUUUCGGAUGACGUCUUCCCUGGCUGGGCUCUCUCGCUUAUCAUGCUAACCUUCCUCAUCUCGGUCAACGUCAUUUCCGUUCGAGGUUACGCUGAACUCGAGUACCUGCUUUCUUUGCUCAAGAUCUGCACCAUCAUCGUCUUCAUUAUUGUCGGUAUCCUCGUCAAUGCCGGUGUCAACCAGUCCAAAUCUUAUCUCGGUUUCAGAUACUGGACCAUCGGUGAUGCUCCCUUUGUCAACGGUUUCGGCGGCUGGGUCUCCUCCUUUGUCACUGCCUCUUUUGCUUUCGGUGGUACCGAGUCGCUCUCCAUCACCGCUGGUGAGACUCGCAACCCAUCCAAGACCAUUCCCAAAACCAUUCGCAACGUCUUCUGGCGCAUCAUCAUUUUUUACAUUCUUGCCCUCUUCAUCGUUGGUAUCGACAUCCCUUACAACAUGCCCGGUCUCAAGUCCAAGAACGCCGCCGUCUCGCCUUUCACACUCGUCUUCCAGCAGGCUGGCUCGCAUGUCGCUGCCAGCUUUAUGAAUGCAGUUGUCAUGACCUCGGCACUUUCGGCUGGUAACCACGCUCUCUAUGCUGGUACACGUGUGCUUCACGGUAUGGCUACCAAUGGACAAGCUCCCAAAUUCUUGGCUAAGGUUUCCAAGAGCAGCCGUGUUCCCUGGGUCGCUUUGGCCGCCACUGCUAGUAUUUCAGGUCUUUGCUUCGGCUCCAGCUACAUCGGCGCCGGUGAGCUCUGGAACUGGCUUCAGAACCUUGUAGGUGUCAGCAACCAGCUUUCCUGGGCUGCUAUCGGCCUCUCGUCCAUUCGUUUCCGCAAGGCAAUUCUCAAACAGCGCAAACAAGAUACUCUCGUCUACAAGAAUUGGACUCAACCUUGGGGCCCUUACGUCGUCCUCAUCGGAUCGCUCAUCAUGAUGCUCGUUCAGGGUUGGAGUGCCUUCAAACCUUUUAAUGUUUCCGACUUUUUUUCGUACUACAUCGAGUUCGGAUUCUUUGUUGUUGCGUUUGUGGUAUGGAAGCUGUGGAAGAAGACCAAGUUUGUAGCUAUCGAGGAGAUGGACUUGUACACCGACACCCUUCAGUACGAGAAGGACGUCAGGAGCAAAAGAAGAGAUCUCAUCAAGCAGGGAGAUGACAGAUUGCCCAUGUUGCUCGAGGACGAGGACGAGGAGGAGGACCAAAACCAAGACACCGAGCGCUCGGAUAAGUCAAGUCAAGAUGAGAAAAACACAAGAAAGCAAAAAGCUAAAGCAUUUGCUAGCAGAGCUUCGCAGUAUCUUUGCUUCUAA